AUGAAUCGAAUAUAUUCUUGGUUUCAUAAUAAGAAUAAUUUAUCAUUAUCAACAAUAUCUCGUAAGGAUUUUAUUGAAUCAUUAAUUGUUCAUAAAAAGAUUAAAGAAUUUUUAUCAUGUUUACGACAAAAACAUGAUCGAACAUUAUGUAUUGAUGAAUUUUUUGAAUUAUUACCAACAAUACUUGAUGAAAAUUAUAUGACGAAUUUAUUUGAAUUAAUUUCUAAAAUAUCACGAUUAACAUCAAAACAAUUAUCAACAAUAAUUGUUAAAAAACUUUCACGUGCAAUAUCUAAUGAAAAUUUUGAUUUAUGUGAAAAAAUUCUACAUUUAUCAUUUCAAACUUUACAAAUUUCUUUAUCAACUUUUGAACUUAUUAAAUUGAUUCAUUCAUGUUCAAAUAAGAAUAAAUUAAUCCGAUGUUUAUCCAUUUUAAUUGAAAAGAAUCUUCCUCAUGAUUGUGAAUAUCUUUCUUGGAUAUUAAUAAUUAUUUUUGAAUAUUAUAUUAUUGGUGAUGAAAUUAUUAUUGAAUAUUUAUUAAAUCUUUAA